AUGUGGGGCAUCUUAAAAACGAUCGAUCAACACAGAGUACUUUUUCCUUUUCCAGGAGCUAGUAAAACUCAGUCAGUAGAUUCCACUGAUGGCGGCUUCCCGGGAAUGUCGUCUGGUGGCACUCCAGGAGGAGCAGGAGGAGGGCCUGGUGGUGGUGGCGGCGGUGGUGCUAAUAGCGGUAUGAUGAUGGUUCCUGGUUGCAUGACAGGACCACCACGCCAUAUGCAACCGAUGCCACCCGAUAUGUCGCAUUAUGGCGGUGUGCCAACCUCACAAAUGGGCAUGAAUCCAGCUGCCACAGGAAUGCCGUACUACCCCAGCAUGUCACCAAACACUGUACCUACAAGCUCGUCAGCAUCUGCUGGUAGCACACCCUCCAUGGGUAUGCCAAAUGGGAUGUAUCCUAUGGGUAAUGUACCCCAUAGUGCAGCAGCAUCAAUGAAUAUGGCCAGACUGCAGGACAUGUCUCAACAAGUCAAUGAUAGUAGAUCCCAACAAGUCCCUGUGUCUGGUGUUUAUCAGAAUAUGUCCAAUGGCCAGAUGUCAUCUGGUGAUCAACAAUCGCUCAGCAGCCCUAGGAAUCAGAUGACCCAGAAUCCAUAUCAACAAUCAGGGAACCAGUUCGACAUAUCUCCUCAAUGUCCUAAGUGCCUAUGUCUUGUAUCGCCUACAAACCGUUCCGUGCAGUGCAACGGCCCGUGCAUGCGCUUAUUUCAUCAGAAUUGUACUGGUCUACUUCCACGAGCGUUCGCUUUAUUGGAAGAAGAUCCGAGUGCAAAAUGGGUAUGUGGCGCAUGUGAAUCAUCAGUUCUAUGA